AUGCAAGAGGUCAUUGCCGGGCUGGAGCGGUUCACCUUCACCUUCGAGAAGGAUGUAGAGAUGCAAAAGGGAACUGGACUCCUGCCUUUCCAGGGCAUGGACAAGUCGAACUCAGCUGUGUGCAGCUUCUUCGCUAAAGGGCUCUGUGAGAAAGGGAGGCUCUGCCCGUUCCGGCAUGACCAAGGGGAUAAGACGGUGGUGUGUAAGCACUGGCUCCGGGGGCUGUGCAAGAAGGGCGACCAGUGCAAGUUCCUGCACCAGUACGACGUUACCAGGAUGCCCGAGUGCUACUUCUACUCCAAGUUCGGUGAUUGCAACAACAAGGAAUGUCCCUUUCUUCACGUGAAGCCAGCUUUCAAGACCCGGGACUGUCCUUGGUACGACCAAGGUUUCUGCAAGGAUGGGUCUCGAUGUAAAUACCGCCAUGUCCGCAGAACAAUGUGUAUUAACUACUUAGCUGGCUUCUGUCCCAAGGGACCCAAGUGCCAAUUUGCACAGUAAGUAUGACCCCACCAAGUGCUGGGCCCACUCUCUGGCUUCCAGAUCUAGAUCCUUCCGUAUCUUCACUGGCCCAAGGUGAGAAGUGAAGUGUCGGGCAAGCGUGUGC